AUGAUCCAACGACUUCGACCCAGCCAUGUCCUCUUGACGCUUUUCCUCCUCGCCUCCAUCACCUCAGCUUGGCCAUGGCCGCCAUCAUACAAAGAUAUAGAAGGCUUGAUCCUACGGAGGCAAGACGAUUCAAAGAGUGAUACGUCCUCAUCAUCUUCGAGUGCAUCUCCUACGCAAACAUCCGAUGCAGCAUCCAAGACGACCAAAUCAGAGUCCAAUUCAGAGUCCAAGUCAGAGUCCAAGUCAGAGUCCAAGUCAGCCAGCGGAACAGCAGCCUCCAAGACAGCCAAAGCCAGCGAUACAGCGGCCGCAACGUCUGGAGCAGCAGCCAGCGCCAGUGGGACUCAGAAGGCCGCUGCGACAACUCAGAGCGUCAAUCCCGUCCUACCUGCUGGCGGGGUCAAUAUGAUUACCCCCUCCGCGCUAGCUCAAACAACAUACUACAAGAUAGGCGACUAUGUUUCGUUUGCCUGGAACUACACCUCCCUCUCGAUUACGCCCUCAAAGGUCGAUGUUUUGAUCUCUUGCAGCGCCAAUAGCGCGACAUACACAUUGCAAAGCAACGCGAGCUUUGAAAAGACUGGAAGUGUUGUCUGGGAUACUUCGCCGGAUAUCACGGGCACAGCGCCGCUGCUGACGGAAACGUAUACGCUGGUUAUCUAUGAUGCUCAAGAGGCUAUUACAGAGGUUGCAUCGGCAGGCAAGCUUGGUGUAUCGGAUGACUUCACUUUCGGCAUGUACAUCCCGCAGAAGUAUACGCCGUUAUCUGAUUGGACCUGUGCGGUGUGCAGCGCUGCGCUAUCGGACACGGAGCGGCAGGCUCUGAAGUUCAUGUUUGGCAUGUGCAUCGUCACUGUACUGUCCUUUACCUGGUUCGUUGGCGGCAUUUUCUAG